AUGAAUCUUGAGAAAUAUAGCACUUCUGAUAAUAGCGAAGAUAUUUUUCUUGUUGAUGAAAUUGCUCUUGAAAAUUCUCGAUUCUUACUAAAUGAUGAAAAUAUAGAAAUUGAAGAAGCCUCUAUUCAAAGUUCAGAUUUAACACUAUGUGUCAUUAUAGAUAUUAUUGAAGGCGAGAUAAGAUAUUGUAAUAGUAAAAUAAAGUUGCAUCCAUUAAGGCAAAUGAUAGGGACAUGGGAGAUAGAUGCAGAUGAAUUCAAAGAUAUUAAGAGUCAUUUUCACUAA